CAAUAGGGAUUUGGGGUGUCUAGAUCAUGUGACCAAAAAGCUAUUGAAAUUCCUAACUUUGAAAUAUUCAUAUAAAAUUGCAUGAGAUGAAAAUGGACGAAGCAAAGGCUGUGCAACCUGUGUCAAUUGUUUGAGAACAGUUGAAAUGUGGUUUUAAGGUUCUAGGAGCUAAGAGCUAUUGAAAUUGAAGGUUAAAAUCCCAAACUAAAUUUGUUUAAAAUAUUUAAAGACUGUUAUGAAUAAACCAGUGGCUGUGCAACAUUGAUGUACACAAGUUGAAUAGGUUAAUCUUGUUUUGACGUUUAUAGUUUAUGUGGUUGAAGAUGUAUUGACUUUUGACAUGUGUAAUAUGUAAUUUGCUGACGGUCCCUAACCAUUUGCAUUGACUAAGCGGCCGGUUGUGAAGACCGUUGCAUUGCGUCUCUAAACCCCGGGUGGAAGUAGGGUAGAGUCGGAGAAAUUGAAUAUCCAACUGGAAUAUCCAAUUUGAAACCAACUUCACCACGGUCGAGCAAACCGGGAGAUUAUGACGCUGCUUUGUGUUUUUGAAAAUUGAGUUCGGCUUCAAGUACAUGCAGCUAAUAUCCCGUUUUCAAUUUAGCACGUAAUAAGUACUUCGUACAUCGAUAUAUAGAUAUAGUUAUGGUAAUCAUAUUUGACUUAUGUACAGCGAAGUAGCUACAUUUAUUUUCAAAAUUUGUGAUUUUGUUAUUAACGGAAGAACAUCGCGGAAGUGAUAUUUUUGACGCAUAUUGAUGAUGUCAUCGUGAAAGAAUAACAAGAACUGAAAUGUAAUGCUACAAAGGAAUAUACUUCACAAAAACUAUGGCUCUCGGAUGCUUCGAACGCGUCUACAAUGCGAAAUUAUUUUUUUUAAGAAAAAUAUAUUUUAAAUGUAGCUGGUCAUCCUGCGAAUGAAGACAACUAAUAUAAUAUUUUAGCCUGUAAGUUUUCAGGCUAGCUUGCAUGAAAUAACAAAGACAGCAAACAACGGUUUAGCAAACAGAGUGGCGAAAAAAACUUUAUAAACACGACGACAGCGUUUAGAGUUGUCAUUUACUUGCAGUGUCAAUACAUUUUAGCAAAUAAUACGUAAGACUGCCGAAAGCUAAAGAAAAGAGAAGCAAAUGGAUCGCUGCAAUUCGCAGAAACAACUGGAAUCCAGGCACCAAAACGUGGAUUUGCGGUUGUCGUAUUGUGUCAGGUGCCCCGCCAUGGCCUGCUAGGUUUUUUUCCGGAUCGUGGAGCGCUCAGCCGGACCAUGGGCCGUUCGGGGGGAUCAUGACGCGGGCGGGGGCAGCUAGCUCCGGUGGGUUCCCGCCAGAGGCCAUGCCGCAGAGGAAGAAGGGCUUGGCCCCUGCGGGCGGGCGUAGGAGGCCCCGGGCCGAGGAGGACGUCUUCCCCUUCAACUCUUUGCCGGCGGAGUGCCAGCUGCACGUGCUGUCCUUCCUGCCCGAGGUGGACAAGUGCAGCGCCGCGCUGGUGUGCGCCAGCUGGAGCCGGCUGGUGCGCUCCGGGAAGCUGUGGCGGGUGGCCGACUUCUCCCGCCGCGGGGCCUCCCACGCCGGCCAGGAGGGGCUGCUGGUGUCCAACCGGGAGUUUGAGCGCUGGAAGGCCUGGGUGGAGCACUACGCCCACCACCUGAUCUCGCGCGGGGCCAGCCUGCUGACGCUGCGGGCCAGCUUCGACCUGGGCGACCGGCGCAACGGGUGGGGCGAGCUGCUGGCCCGCCUCCUGGACAGCGUGCACUGCCGGGACCUCAGCCACCUGGACCUCAACUGGACCUUCACGCUGCUGGAGCCGCUGGACCUGCGGCCGCACGCGCGCCAGGAGAGCGUCACCAAGGCCGACCAGGUGGAGAGCUUCCAGGCGCUGCUGGCCAAGCUGGCGCGCAGCUGCCCGCGCGUGGCCCGGAUGCGCCUGCACUUCGACUGGUCCGAGGCCUCCGUCGCGCUGCUCUCGCAGUUCCGCCACCUGCGCGUCCUGGAGCUCAAGUACUUCUGGGUCUUCAAGGGGGUGAACCCGGGCACGCUGCAGGCCCUGACGGCGGCGCUGCCCGCCCUGCGCUCGCUCACGCUGCACGUGCUGGUGCCCCUGCGCAACCUGGGCGUGUCCUACACGCUGGAGUCGGACUCGCUGGAGUUCCUGGACGUGUCGCAGAGCCGCGGCCUGGUCUUCUCCCGGCUGCGCCUGCCGGCCCUGCGCGAGCUGCGGGCCAAGAAGGCGGUGCGCGGCAUCACGCUGGACCGCCGCACGCGGCUGCGCAUCCAGAGCCGCUGGCCCUGCCUGUACCAGGUGCUGCGGGAGGGGGCGCCCAAGCUGCAGGCGCUCAACAACGAGCGGCUGCUGCCCGGCUGGAGGGAGCAGGGCUACCGCGAGCUGACCGCCAUCCUGCAGCAGGCCUGCUACUGCCUGCAGCACCUGGACAGCUGGCUCUGGUGACCGCGGCGCGGACCGCCAUCCUGCAGCAGGCCUGCUACUGCCUGCAGCACCUGGACAGCUGGCUCUGGUGACCUCGAGCUGACCGCCAUCCUGCAGCAGGCCUGCUACUGCCUGCAGCACCUGGACAGCUGGCUCUGGUGACCGCGGCGCGGACCGCGAACCUGCCGACGGCGCGGCUGAGCUCCCAGCCCCGCCCCCGUUUCCGGCGUGCGCCCGAGGACUUUGUUUUUGGUUCGUUUUUAUUCCAUUCCGUCUGCCGAACGAUGGGCUUUUCUUGCCCCUGUGUGUGUGUGUGCGUGCGUGCGUGCGUGCGCGCGUGUGUGAAAUAAUCUUGAAUCAGAGCUGAAAUUUUAUGCUCGUGUUCAUUUUGAAUCUUAUCUUAGGAUCUUACUAUUUCUGAGUACAUCAUUCCAAGUAAUUAUUAGGACAUUUUUUGAAAACAAUUAAAUAACAGAUUAGGGUAAAAAAAAAAACGAAGUUAUGAUCAACAGUCCUGGAUUUGUCACCAGAUGCUGUGUUUUCAUGCAGGUAAAAUUCAGAAACUGCUCCUAAACUGGUUGACUGUCAAUUCCUGUUGUAAUGGCUAAUUGGUAGAUUUUAAAGAGGUGUUGUUAACUGUGUGGGAAUCAAGCCCUAAAAUAUAAAAUUAUUAAAAUGUGAACCAUGUUAUCCUGACACACUGAUACUCUUUGCCAACACAAAGAUAUUAUUUCACCAGUGUCCCUCUUCAUAACCUGUAGGAAGAUGACAGAAACAGUAAUUCCUCAACUGGAACAUUACAGUAUAGGCUAACUUUUUGCCAUUUUUUUGACAGGGAAUCGACUGCAAUUUCUGAUUUUGCAAACCAUUGCAAACUUUCUCGAUGUGUGUUCAUGACUAAAUUACUCACAUACAGUUCAUAUUUAUACUUUGCUGUGUUUUUUUCUUUUUCUUUUAUUGAGUAAGGAAGAUUGGUAACCCAUAUUGUAGGUCUCCAUUGCAUUACAUUUGCGAUGUAGGUGCCUUCCCCAAACUUGACAAUAAAUUACUGUGUUUUAAUAUA